CCGGAAGGAAGCCGGAGGGUGGGGCUUCCAUUCAACUGACGUGUCUUUCUGAGGGGAGAAUUGGAGUUUCUGCUGCCGCUUGGCCCUUCCUUUUCCGCGUUGAGGGCGCCGAGAUGGGGAUUAAAUUUCUUGAAGUAAUCAAGCCCUUCUGCGUUAUCUUGCCAGAAAUUCAAAAACCAGAAAGGAAGAUCCAGUUUAAAGAAAAGGUGCUAUGGACAGCUAUCACUCUCUUCAUCUUUUUGGUUUGCUGCCAGAUUCCUCUUUUUGGUAUUAUGUCAUCGGAUUCAGCUGAUCCCUUUUAUUGGAUAAGAGUAAUUCUGGCUUCCAACAGAGGUACACUGAUGGAGCUAGGCAUUUCUCCCAUUGUCACAUCUGGUCUCAUCAUGCAGUUACUGGCUGGUGCCAAAAUAAUUGAAGUUGGGGAUACACCAAAAGACAGAGCUCUCUUCAAUGGCGCACAGAAAUUAUUUGGCAUGAUUAUUACUAUUGGACAAUCUAUUGUUUAUGUAAUGACUGGGAUGUAUGGAGACCCAUCAGAGAUGGGAGCAGGAAUCUGUCUCCUUAUCACCAUUCAGCUUUUUGUUGCUGGUUUGAUAGUUCUUCUGUUGGAUGAACUUCUGCAGAAAGGCUAUGGUCUUGGCUCUGGCAUUUCUCUCUUCAUUGCUACUAAUAUCUGUGAGACUAUUGUAUGGAAAGCGUUCAGCCCAACUACAGUGAACACUGGCCGAGGCAUGGAGUUUGAAGGUGCCAUCAUCGCCCUGUUCCAUCUGCUGGCUACGCGCACAGACAAAGUUAGAGCUCUCCGGGAAGCCUUCUAUCGGCAGAAUCUCCCCAACCUUAUGAACUUGAUUUCCACCAUAUUUGUCUUUGCCGUUGUCAUUUACUUCCAGGGAUUUAGAGUGGACCUCCCUAUAAAAUCUGCCCGCUACCGUGGCCAGUACAAUACCUAUCCAAUCAAGUUAUUCUAUACCUCCAAUAUUCCCAUUAUCCUUCAGUCUGCAUUGGUUUCUAACUUGUACGUAAUUUCUCAGAUGCUCUCUGCUCGUUUUAGUGGCAACAUAUUGGUUAGCCUUCUGGGUACUUGGUCUGAUACAUCAACUGGAGGUCCUGCCCGUUCAUAUCCUGUUGGUGGCCUGUGUUAUUACUUGUCGCCUCCUGAGUCUUUUACAUCAGUUUUGGAUGAUCCUGUUCAUGCAGUUGUUUAUAUUGUGUUUAUGUUGGGUUCCUGUGCUUUCUUCUCCAAAACCUGGAUUGAAGUGUCCGGCUCGUCUGCAAAAGAUGUUGCUAAACAACUGAAAGAGCAACAGAUGGUUAUGAGGGGUCACAGGGAAACCUCCAUGGUUCAUGAACUCAACAGAUACAUUCCAACAGCUGCCGCUUUUGGUGGCCUCUGCAUUGGUGCCCUCUCUGUGCUGGCAGACUUCCUUGGAGCAAUAGGAUCGGGAACAGGAAUCUUGUUGGCUGUCACCAUCAUUUACCAAUACUUUGAAAUCUUUGUAAAAGAGCAGAGUGAAGUUGGCAGCAUGGGAGCACUUCUCUUCUAAAUGCAAUACUGAGUCAUGGACCUAGGGACUGGCGAAGAGUGUUUUUAAGUUUUUAAAAAUCAGGUGAAAGAGAUUAACAAUUACACAAAAACACAUGGGCGUACGGUAUUAAUAGAAACACUUCUUUUAAAUGUGUGAAUUUUUUUUUUCUGAAGCACAUUCCUUCGGUUCAGACUUUAUUGGUAUUUAGUUGCUGUUUUAUAAAUAGCUGGAAAAUGUGUAAAAAAACAUUUUUAGAAAAAAAAGAUCUUCUGUUCUUUGUUAUUGUUUGAGGCAAUUCUCUAAAUCGGCUUAAUCUGAGAGCCUUUUCUCCCUAUUUCAAACUGCACAAUCUUGUCCCUAAGUUCCUUGAAGAUUUUUCGGGUUCAUUAUUUAAAUGAAGAGUGGACAGUUAUUUGUUGCAGUGUGAUACUUGUCUCUUUCCCUGGACCUGUGGGAGGGAAUUCCCUCCUCAAAAAUCAUCUCCCAAAUUAUCCAUUCUUUCGCGUGGGGGGGUGUUCUUUUGAUAAGCACAUACAUGACUUCUACUCCUAGGAUACCACACUUAGAGCACCCAGAUGUCUAGUCAAGAACAGUCUGUGUUUUCAGGGCUGCCUUUUGACUGUUUCUUUACUUCUGCCUGGGAUGAUAAUAGCCUGUGGGUAGAAAUCUCAGGUCAUGUUGCUCUACAAGAAGAAUUAAGGUCACGUCUUGCAAUGUUUGCUGAACAGAGGCAGUCAACAGUGCCACAGAAGAAACCUGCUUAUAGUUUGUCUUGUAUUAUUUUUAUCUCUUGACAAGUGUUGAAUGCAGUAUUUCUCUUGGAAGUUACUGUACUCCUAACAAGUUUUAUUUGCCAUGAGAUCAAAAUAAAUUCUAAGCUAGGAGGUAUGAUGUUAACUGUUAAUCUCCUGCUUGAUGAGUAUAUUGAAGCCAGGUACAGUAGGACCUGCAUAUUGUUCCAAAUGCUUAUUGUCUGGAAUAGUGACUACCAAGCCAUGCAAAUUCUUGUCCACCUAAGGGAUUCCCUUUAUCUCCAGAUAGUUUCAUGUGUUCUUCUAAGCUGGAAUGAUGGUGCUUCUUUAGAGACCAGAUAGCCAUUGCUUGCUUUCAGGGUAUCACCUACUAAAUAGGACUAGUAGCCAUAAAAAUUUUAAGGGUUAUCAACUCCUUGUAAAAUUCCUUGAAGGCUUGACAUCUGUUGGAAUAUAUCAGUGGUUGUAAGGUGAUUUGUGUAUUGUAUAGACCGAAUUAAAAUGCCUGGUAUAAUGAGAAGCAUGCGGAUAGAAUUGCUGGUCAUGUUGGCCCUUGAAAAAAGAGCCAGAUUAGGGACCGGAUUAGUGUCCAGUUUUCUUUCUUGGUAAAUGUAGAAAUUUAUGCCUUGCCAAAAACACCACGUUAUAUUGAAAUCGGGUCAGAAACUAGUAUUGAAAUUGUCAAACCUCUGGCAGUUCUGUCAUUUUACCCAGCAAUUUGUGCAACAGAAAAUCCCAGUACCAAGAAAUUGCGAACACGAAUGGCAUGGAAGAAGCUGAGUGUAAUGCAGUAAAACUGGGAAAAAGCAUAGGACCUCCUCAAGAGCAGAUACAGAUGGGAAUUAAUAGUACUGAAGAAAUCUAACUGAUAUGGUCUCCCAAGCCAGCUUUGCUGGAAUGGCUUCUUCAGUUAAUAGGCUGCUAUAACGUGGAUAUAUUUUGGGCUGUUUUUAUUCCAAAACAAGUGAAAAACAUACGGUGCCUUACGGUGCUGUAGUGUGAUUCAUUUAUGUGGCAAAGCUCAAGGAAAAAGUUGUGUUCUGGAUCAAUUGCAAAUCUGACUUUGUAAGACUUUCUUUUUUAGUACUUCUUUUCAAAUACUUAUAAAUCAAUCUUUAACUUCAUGAAAUAUAGGUCUUUUUAAAUGUAACUCAGAAGUAAAUAUUAAAUUUUUAUUGCAUUUUUAUCCAUCCCUUCCUAUCCGUUUUAUCCCAUGUACUAAAGGGAUAAAGGUCUCAUUCAGUUUCAGAACUGGAGCAGCAAAGCAUCAAAUUGAAGUGAUUAGAAAUGUCAGAUCAGAACCUUUGGAUAGAUGGUGUGCAUUACUGAAAUUAUCCCAUCCCCACCCAUUUGAAAUUUACAAAUUGUGGACCACUUUUUCAAAUCCAAUUGCUUUGAUCCAAGUCAAUGACUUGAUCUCCAUAGCCAUAUUAGAGAGGUUGAAUUUAUUUUUUGUGGUUGAAACAAAAUUAUCUGUACUGUGCAUAAAGCAUUCUUCAAGGAUUGCAUAAAAUAUUGUAGUUUUUGCCUCACUUUUAAAAGAUGAGUGCCAAACCAGUAUUUGAAUUGAUGGUAUUAACAUACCAUUAAUGUUCUGCACUAUACACAAAUCCUGGUAUUUUUAUUUGCCCAGCAAUAAAAAAUUGACAUAUCCAUCACUGACCUGCUUCUAUUUCAAUUGAAUAACAUUUUAACUUCAGAAUAAAAUUGUUUCCUUUUGCUA